UGUGUUCGGUGAAUGGAGGCGCAGCUCUUCCUGGUGAACAAACACUGACAACUACAGGGCAGCCCAGCGAUACCCGCUUCCCAGAACGGCCACACACACCUUCUCCUUCACCCCCUAAACAACCCUAAACAUGGCUGCUGAGCGUAAACACGUCGCGCAGUUGAAAUCCGAACUGUACUUCCUAAUAGCCCGAUUUUUAGAAGCUGGACCGUGUCAGGACGCAGCAGAGACCUUGAUACGGGAGGUUCAGCAGAAGGAGCUGUUACCUAAACGGAUUGACUGGACUGGCAAAGAACACCCGGGGAGUUACGAAAAUUUGGUCAAAUUGUACAGGCACAUUUCUCCAGAUCACCUGUUGCAGGUGUGUGAGCGAGUGAGCCCACUUUUAGAGAGAGAAGUGCCAGCCAGCGUACCUGGAGUCAACUCACUUCUGGGAACCGGACGACAGUCAGUGCUGCGUACAAACAAAAGUUGUAAGCACGUGGUAUGGAAGGGGUCGGCCCUCGCAGCUCUGCACUGUGGCAGGCCCCCCGAGCCGCCAGUCAUCUUUGGGAGCCCGCCAAAUAUUGCGGAAACGAUACACAGUCGGAGGCUGAAUGGCUCUUAUCGGUUGGGUCAGCUGGUCCCCACAGCUGUUUACCAACAUAUGAAGAUGCACAAGAGGAUUCUGGGACACCUGUCAUCUGUAUACUGCGUCACCUUCGACCGCACCGGUCGCCGCAUCUUCACAGGAUCGGACGACUGCUUGGUAAAGAUCUGGGCGACGGAUGACGGGCAUUUGCUGGCGACUCUGAGAGGUCACGCAGCAGAGAUUUCAGACAUGGCUGUGAAUUAUGAGAACACCCUGCUGGCGGCCGGCAGCUGUGAUAAAAUGAUCAGAGUGUGGUGUUUGCAGACCUGCGCCCCGCUGGCGGUUCUGGAGGGCCAUGCCGCAUCCAUCACGUCAUUACAGUUUUCUCCUCUGUGUAGCGGCAAUAAGAGGUUUCUGUCCUCCACUGGAGCUGACGGCACCAUCUGUUUCUGGCAGUGGGACGCUCGCACGCUCAAAUUCGGGCAGCGACCCAGCAAAUUCAUUGAGCGGCCCAGACCAGGAGUGCAGAUGAUCUGUUCCUCAUUUAGUGCAGGUGGGAUGUUCUUGGCGACGGGCAGCACCGAUCACAUCAUUAGGGUUUAUUACUUUGGAGGUGGACAACCAGAGAAGAUAUCUGAGCUGGAGUCUCACACUGACAAAGUCGACAGCAUCCAGUUUUCCCAUAGUGGAGACAGGUUUGUGAGUGGCAGUAGAGACGGCACGGCGCGGAUCUGGCAGCUGCAGCAGCAGGACUGGCGGAGCAUUCUCUUGGACAUGGCCACUAAACUACCUGGCAAAUACAACCCUCCACCUUUAGAGGACAAAGUUACCAAGCUGAAGGUGACUAUGGUGGCCUGGGACUGCAACGACAACACAGUCAUCACCGCUGCCAACAACCUGACGCUCAAAGUGUGGAACUCGUACACGGGGAACCUCAUCCACGUGCUGAUGGGCCACGAGGACGAGGUGUUUGUGUUAGAGCCUCAUCCGUUUGAUUCCAGAGUGCUUUUCUCUGCUGGGCACGAUGGGAAUGCAAUCGUCUGGGAUCUGGCAAGAGGAGUCAAAAUACGCUCUUACUUUAACAUGAUCGAGGGUCAGGGACAUGGUGCAGUGUUUGACUGUAAGUGUUCUCCAGACGGUCAGCACUUCGCUUGCACAGACUCUCACGGUCACCUGCUUAUAUUCGGCUUUGGCUCCAGCAGCAGAUAUGACAAGAUAGCAGAUCAGAUGUUUUUCCACACGGAUUAUCGUCCGCUGAUCCGCGAUGCCCAUAACUUUGUGCUGGACGAACAGACUCAGCAGGCGCCUCACCUAAUGCCCCCGCCAUUCCUGGUGGACGUGGAUGGAAACCCUCACCCUCCGCGCUUCCAAAGACUGGUACCAGGCCGAGAAAACUGCAGAGAAGAGCAGCUCAUACCCCAGAUGGGCCUCACCUCAUCAGGGCUAAAUCAGGUGGUAAGUCAGCAGGCUGCAGAAGGCUCGAGUCCACUUGAUAGUAUGAUCCAGAGACUACAGCAAGAGCAGGACCAGAGGCUGGGCUCUGACAGCAGAGCCAACAGAGGAUCUGUCAGCUCUCCCACAGAAGUCACUUCUCCACCAAAUGUGGGUCUGAGACGCAGUGGACAGAUUGAAGGUGUUCGGCAGAUGCACAGUAACGCUCCACGUAGCGAGAUCGCCACUGAAAGAGACCUGGUGGCCUGGAGCCGACGAGUCCUCGUUCCUGAACUAUCACUAGCCAUAGCCUGUAAGCAGGAGAUCUGGAGAACAGCUAAAGGAGAGGAGGAGAUCAACAUCUACAGAUCAGAGAGGAGGAGACGCAGCUUACACAGCCAAUACCACAGAGAAAACCGGCAUGCUAUAGAAAAUGCAGCGGAGGAGGGGCGCCGUCACCAGGGUAACCAGCAUAACUACCACACAAGAUUGGCUGUGGAGGAAACGAGUCGUCAGAGUGAACCGAACGAGGAAGAACACAGCGCCUCUGAGGGAGAGACAGAAGUAAGACCUCCCAGUAGAGAAUCAUCAGACGAGGAGAGAGAGGAGAAAGAACCCUGGCCUGAUGAAAACAGCAGCUCCAGUGAUUACUCCAGCGAUUAUUCCGACUGGACGGCAGAUGCUGGAAUAAACCUCGAACCACCCAAGAAGACCAGCGUAAAGAAAAAGAAGAAGAAGAACGCCAGCAGCUCUGAAGAAGAUGGAGAGAAGAAAAAAGACUCCAAGAAGGAGAGGAGGAAAGAAAAGCCGGACAAAGAUGGAGCGCUACCAAAGAAGAAGAAGCCAAAAGAGAAACGGAAGAGGAUACCUGAAUUGCAGAAUCAGGGUUUGACGUUAGAGGAAUGGCUGCCCUCCAACUGGAUCACUGACACUAUGCCACGGAGAUGCCCUUUCACCCCACAGAUGGGCGAUGAGGUGUAUUACUUCCGUCAAGGUCAUGAAGCUUAUGUGGAGAUGGCCAAAAAAAACAAGAUCUUCAGUAUAAACCCUAAAAAACAGCCCUGGCACAAGUUAGAGCUCAGGGAGCAGGAGCUGUUGAAGAUUGUGGGCAUUAAGUACGAGGUGGGUUUGCCUACUCUGUGCUGUCUGAAGCUGGCCUUCCUGGACCCAGACUCAGGCAAACUGACGGGCGGCUCAUUCUCCAUUAAAUAUCACGACAUGCCUGAUGUCAUCGACUUCCUGGUUCUUCGGCAGCAGUUUGAUAACGCAAGACAGAGGAACUGGAUGAUAGGUGAUCGUUUCCGGGCAGUGAUUGAUGAUGCCUGGUGGUUUGGUACGAUUGAGAGUCAAGAGCCGUACCAGGCCGAAUAUCCAGACUCUCUGUUCCAGUGCUACAACGUCUGCUGGGAUAAUGGAGAUACUGAGAAGAUGAGCCCGUGGGACAUGGAGGAGGUUCCUGAUGAAGUAGUAUUUCCUGAGGAGCUAGGCCUCAGUAUGGCUCUCACUCAGGACGAGCAGAAGGCCUUACUGUACAAGCCGCUGGACGGAGAGUGGGGCUCACGAACACGCAACCAGGAGUGUGAACGCAUCAUCAGGGGCAUCAACCAGCUUUGCACUCUGGAUGUGGCGAAACCAUUUGAGCUGCCCGUGGAUUUGCAGGCAUAUCCAACAUACUGCACGGUGGUCGCUUACGUCACAGAUCUGAGCACUAUCCGACAAAGAUUAGAGAACCGUUUCUAUAGGCGCAUGUCAUCGUUGAUGUGGGAGGUUCGCUACAUCGAACACAAUGCUCAAACCUUCAAUGAACCUGGCGCGUUCAUUGUCAGAACUGCCAAAUUCGUAUCGGACCUCAUGCUACAAUUUAUCAAGGACCAAAGUUGUACAGAUAUUAUUCCUCUAUAUAACAGUAUGAAGAAAACCGCUUUCUCAGACUCAAGUGAUGAUGAAGAUGAAGAUGAAGACGAAGAGCAUGAGGCUCCUUGUACAUCUAACCGCAAUAAGAAGAGGCAGCAGCAGCAGCCCAUGUUGAGAAGUCUGCGCAGUAAACCCUCGUCAGACCCUCAGGCCUGGAAGGAGCGUUGUAGAGAACUGCUGGAGCUCAUCUUUCAGUGUGAAGAUUCAGAGCCCUUCAGACAACCUGUGGAUCUGGAUGAGUAUCCGGACUACUUGGAUAUUGUGGACACUCCAAUGGACUUUGGGACAGUCUUGAACCGCCUGUUAGCAGGAGAGUAUGACACUCCCAUGGAUCUCUGUAAAGAUGUCCGUCUCAUCUUCAGCAACUCCAAAGCCUACACGCCCAGCAAAAAGUCCAGGAUCUACAGCAUGAGCCUGCGAUUGUCUGCUCUGUUUGAAGAGCACAUCAGUUCAAUCCUGACUGAUUUCAAAGCUGCCCAAAGUUUGCACAGUGAACGACUCACCCGACAGCGACUGCACACCGAUCGCCUGACCAGACAGUCUGUGAAAAAGAGGAGAAGGAGGAGCUCUUCACAUUCAAGCUCCGCCUCUAGUCCAGAAAGGAAGAGGCGAGUCUCCUCUCGUGCUCCUCCUCGAUUGGACAGUGCAGCUCCACCCACUCCUGCUGGACCGUCCCGAGCUCCUUCUUUACGACAAACACAUCCACAGAUCAACGGCAAGGCUGAGACUCCCGUCGUACCUGGUCGGACUCGCAGCUCGGCCCGUUUUGGAAGCCCCAUCACAGACGCGGCUCCUGCACAAUCGGCUCCUCCACCUCUAGUAGAGUCCUCCUCCUCCAGAGUCCUGCGCACACAGAACCCCCACUCCACUGCAGUCUCUAGAGAAAAUGAGAGCUCCGCUGUUCCUCCCAGCAAUGGAGGAGGAGCAAGAGAGUCCCGCAGGAAACUGAGGACACCUGUCAAACUCACACCAGGUCCAGUUGAUCACAGCUCUCCUCCUCAGAACAGUUUGCAUUUGAAUGGUCACAGUCAAGUGACUGUAGGAAUGGUACGAAGAGGCCGGGGCAGACCCAGAUUAGACACACAAAUAGAGACGCCGGUGGACACGCCGCCACCUCCACUGCCUAAGACCUCUUCUAAAAAGAAAGAACGAAAAAGCAAAAAAGACACGGAGUCCCCACGACGAAAUUUCUCCCACGAGGAGGAGCUUAUGUUGCCCACCGGGGAUGAUGGCGGGGCUUCUUCAACAGCCCAAGACAGUAAUCUUUCAGAUUCGGGAGAGUAUCCGAAAACACGAGGCAGACCACGAAUCACAAAGACGAUAGACACUCCAGCUCCUCCAAGCCCUAAAACUCUCCGGCGGAGCAGUCGACGUGGCAACGAAGAGAUCACGCCCCAUACAUCUGGCUCCGCCCAGAGUGAGGAGCCUGAGGUUUAUAUUGAAGACGGGAGCUCGAAAGGCCAGAUGAAAACACGCAACCAGGGCCGAAGGACUGCUUUCUAUAAUGAAGAAGACUCUGAGGAAGAGCAAAGACAGCUUUUAUUUGAGGACGCCUCCAUUACUUUUGGGACGUCCAGCAAAGGGAGAGUCCGCAAGCUCACAGAGAAGGCCAAAGCCAAUCUUAUUGGCUGGUAACAUUGCCAACUUUGCAUGUCCUCUGCGACACAACCCUCAAUCCCGUCCUGUUGGGAAAGGGGGAAACCAUUCCUGCUGCUAUAUCAGACUGUCACGAUUAUUUGAAUCUUUCACUUUUGAACUCUUUCAAGAGUCGCUGCCCCCUGAAAUCCCCCACCUUAUACCUUUUCUUCCACAAAAAAAAAAACAAAUCACAAAUGCAGUUGAAUACUGAUUUUCAAAUGCACUAUUUUGAAUGGCAGUGUGAAAGGUACUGAAACACGAAUCCAAAAUCCUGAUUUCAUUUCUCAAGAAAGCACUUACGUGAGGAUGUGUGUGUAUGUGUGUGUGUUUGUGUGUGUGUGUGUGUAUGUGUGAAAUAACUUGAGCUUUUACUCCGUCUUGUUUCUUUAAACUGUUAAUUUUAUGCAUCGUUUUUACACAGUUGUUGCUAAAGGCAACAAAUCAAACACUUGUUGGGAAAGAGUCUAUUUUUAACAGAUCAUUGUGGCUGUAAAGCUGUAGUGGAGCGCAGAGAAGAACCUCAUAAAUCUCUGUUGUUGUUUUAUCGGCUUUGUCUCUGCAAGUCAAGAUCAGUGGCAGUGGUAAUUCACGCAUGGUUUUAUAUAAUUAGCAAUACCCUGUGCCUUUUCAUACUUAUUAUCAAUACAUUAUGGCUCCUUUGUACUCCCCAGUGUUUGUGUGUGUGCGUGUGUGUGUGUGUGUGAUGCUUUAGGAUAUUGAGGUAUUCAGAAAAGCGUGUGUUGUUUAACUGUUGCUGGGAUUGAGCUUAGUGAGCAGCAUUUCAUGACCACUGUAUGUGUGUGUGUGUGUGUGUGUGUGUGUGUGUGCUGGUUUUGGUGGUUUAACGAGGACAUUUAUUUGUAUAAUGACAUGGGUAUGACCAAGGUAUUACAAUUAUGAGUUUGUUUAUUAGGACAUGUCCUGUAAUUAAUAACUGUUCAAAAUUAUACGUGCACGGGGUCUUUUUAUGUUCAAAAUUUGCCACAGAUUUCCUGUGAGGGUUGGGUUUAGGGACAGGGUUAAGUGAUAUAAUAAGCAGAUUAUAGAGUAUUAAUUGCAAUACUUCAAGGGAAAGUUCUUAUAUACCACUAAAACAAGUAUGUGUGUGUUGAGUUCAUGCAGUUGUUGAGGUGUGUGAUGGUCAUGGCAUCAUCCCUCCGCACCCAGAAUGCACUGUGAUCCCUAACUAGAAGUUAAAGUGGUUGCAAAAAGUGUUUGGGCACGUAUGGCAUAGUUUCAAAAUAACUGAACGUCAUUGCAUUAGAGAUAGAUGUAAAUGUAGUGUCUGUUGGAAUAUACUUGCAGAUUACCUUGAAUAUGUUUGAAAUGAUCCAUUACAUGUUUAAUUAUAUUAAUGUCGAUAUUAAUUUAUAACUGAUUUAUAUUUAUAAUGAUUUGUUAGCCUUUGCAAACACAAAGUUUAUAUAGUUUUAGCAUCAAAGUGUCAGCACCUUCAUAUCAAAUAUUUAUACAACACCAACAUUUGAGGUCGCUCAAAUGAGUCUUCACUUAAAGGUUUUGAUGAAAGAAUCUCUUAUGCCCAAUAAUGCUGCAUUUACUUCAUCAAAAAGUCCAGUAAAACAGUAAUAUUGUAAAAAAUCAUGUACAAAAAUCUGUUUUCCAUUUGAAUAUAUUUUAAAAUGUUAUAUAUUCCUGUUUUUCAGUCUUUUGUUUCACAUGAUCCUUCAGUCGAAUAUGCUAAUUUGCUGCUAAUGUGUUGUGCUGCUUAAUGUGAUGGAAAACAUGGUACAUUUUUGACUAUUUAUUAACAGAUGAACAGCAUUUGUUCUGAAUAGAGUCUUAUAUAAACAAUAUAAAUUUCAUUUAUUUUACUCUUAAAACAUUUACUUUUUAUCUUAUUUAUAAAGCACGUUAAAACAACAGUUGUUGACCAUUGUGCUGUACAUACCUUGGGUUAUAAAUGAGCAAAAAUAAACAACAACAUAUAAAACAGCAUACAGUACAACCAACAUAACCAAAACAUCAAAUGCAUACAGCAGAAACAUAGAGAGGCACAAAAAGAUCAGUUUCAUUCCAAUUUAAAAGCUUUUUCUAAAAGAUGUAGUUUGAACAAGGAUUAAUACAUUAAACCAUUAAAUCCAACAUUAAAUGUGUUCGUGCUAAAUAAAAAGAUGCCAUUUUAAUAACAACAUAAUAAUAAAUAACCAUUAGUAAGAAAAAAUCUUACUGA